UACACCUAUGUGUACAAUUUUAUGGUCUUUAUUGACUUUAGUAUAAUUCAUGUUAAAAUAAAAUAAAAUUCAUCAACUCUACAGAAACAGAGUUCAAUAACUGUUACUUAUAAAAGAUAAAUAAUACGCAGUUGUUUUAAAUAGCGAUGUGAUUACUGAAAUAAAGUAAAAUUCAUAAGUUUUAUUACUCAAUUAAGUGUAAAUAAUUACUUUAUUUCUGAUAUAAAAAUUUGUUCACUGGUAUAUACAUUGAAAAAAAGUUGAAAAAAUGGUCAAAUUCAUUUGUAUAAAACCAGCCGAAUAUAAAUUAGCCACCUCUCAAUUUACCAUCCUUUAUGGUCAACAUGAAUGUCCAUUUGGAAAAUGUUUAAUUGCAGUUACAUCAUCUGAAAAAGCUGUAUGCCAUCUAAGAUUUGUUGAUAAUGAUUUAAAAGAACGUAUUGAAACUCUCAAAUCAGAAUGGCCAGGUGCUAAAUUUAUUGAAGAAACUAAAGAAUCGGAAAAAGCUGUAAAAAGAGUGUUUUCAUAUAAAGACAUGGAAAAUGUAACAGUUUACUUGAAAGGAACUGAUUUUCAGUUGCAAGUAUUAAAGGCUCUGGUGAAAUUACCAAAAGGUAAAACUGUUGGAUAUGAGUAUGUUGCUGAAUUAAUUAAUAAUCCAAAGGCUAUUCGAGCAAUUGCAAAAACUAUAAAUUCCAACCAAAUUGCAUUCAUUAUUCCUUGUCAUCGUGUACUGUCUAAAUCUGGACCUCCAAAGACUUGCUGGCGUACUGAUAAACGUGAUAUUAUGUUGGAGUAUGAAAGAAAGCUAUAUGGCAUUGAUGACAAAGAAAAAGAUUAGUAUUAAUUAUUUAUGUUUAUAACAAAAGAAAUACUGUAAAAGUUCAUUGAUAUUUUUCUAAGAAAAAGAUGACUGUCAGUUUUUAUCAACGAAGCUAUUAAAAAUACUCAUAUAAUUUUCAUGCUAUAAUUUAUAUAUUAAUCAUAAUAUUACGAAUUAAUAUUAAACAAUUUUAAAUAUAAGAAAAACAUCAUAGGAAACAAAUUCAUAUAUAAUAUUGUAGCAAAAGCAAUGUU